UUUUGUAAAUAACGACGGGAAAGAGUAGAGCGGAUACCGCUGUUCCGCGUUCUCGUUUCUCGGUAAGCUCCUGGUGGAGCAACAGCCGCCCACUUCCAUGGGAGACGGGGCGGUGGGUAAAGUGAGGCUUUGCCAGUUCCUGCCAUCCUAUCCGCUACCUUCGUCCGCAUGCCAGAUGCCGUCGGCGAGCGUAAGAAGAAAACGGCGAGGCCUGGCCCAGUAUGCAUGUUGCUCGUGGGGCUGACGCUCCUCCUCGCGCUGCAACUCACGACAAAUAAGAAGAUCGUGACGAUCAUUCCAGAUCUGGGUAUGGUUCGUCCUCUGACGAUGGUGACGAAGGCAUGGGUCUGCAGUCCUGAGAUCCGCUCAUCUUCGGCCUCACCGAUGAACGGCUGUCCGCGAGGUCUCCGAGUGCACGCCAUCUGUGCACAGGUGGGCGCUGUGGACACCAGGACCGAGAACAUCGCGAGGGAAGUGGAAAGUAUGCGCAGUAUCUUGGCCGAGAUGCGCAGCGAGUUCGCGAUGGCGAAUUACAUGCCCCCCACCGCCGCGUCUGGACACCACAAGCUCCCAGCGAGGUGUUGUUUGAACCAGUCUGCAACUGGCGGCCACUACCAUGGUACGAUGCGCUGAUGCUUUCUCCUCAAUCGACGCUUGGUCCAAGAUCUCCGACAUCACGGACGGCUUUGCAGUUAAUUGCGAGAAAUCUGACCGUCCACCCACGGUGCACACAGGCGCUUGCAGCAUCGAAAACAAGAGGGUUCAGAAUUCAUCGCUGCUCUUCGUCUCCCUGGUAUGCGGCAACGGUCCGUUUCCCUGUGCCCGCGGCUCUGGGCGGGUCUACCCAUUUGAUCAAGGUGGGAACCAGCGGCAAGAAGAUCGUUAACAUCUUCCGCGCACCUCUUACGGAGCAGAAGUUCUGAUUCGAUCGCCACGUGGGUGGCUGUCGGAAAGCUGGGGCCCAUCUUUCGACUUAAACCACAGCAGGGGCGGGACCCUGCGAAACCCUACUGGCAUGAUGCCGCGUUUGUCCAGCGCGGACGGUCCAGAAUCCAGAGCUCACCUUAUCCGACUUCUCGAGCGCGUCAUCGGGCCGACCGCUGCUCCAGCAUGAAUUCUAUAGGGGCUGCAGCGGCAUGUUUUGCCGCCAGGUCGAGGGCGAAUUGUCGCGCCCUCGCGCCAACGCUUGCGACCGCUGCGACACUUGCGCAAUGCCCGUCGCCUUCAUAAGGGGCUACGAGCACGCGCGCGGGAAACGCUUGCAGCGCGCCUUUCUUCCCGCGGACGUUCGCGCCCAGGCCAGCGGGGCGCCGCGUUCACGAGUGCGAGCGCAACCGCGCAAUUACUCGGGUGUUGCAACAGCCCUUCGCCCUUGCGUUUGCAUGCAACGUGGGCGAAGGCUCGGCGUGCAUUGAAUCGCAUUAGCUGUGUGAAUGUUGACGCGCGUGCUGCGUGGUUGCGCCG